AUGGCCGACUCGCCCUGCCCCUCCCCCUGUCCUUCGGACCCCUCGCCACCGUCAAGAACGAGCUCCAUCGCCCCCGAUCCGCCCUCACGAACAAGCUCAAUCGCACCCAUGUCCCCACCCGCAUCCCCCGCUCCAGCUCCGGCCCCUACUUCGUCAGCGUCCUGCCGCAAAGGCAUCGACGUUCAAUACCUCGUCGACCAAACCCUCUGGGCGCCACUCCCGCCUCCCCGCUCCUCAUCCCUGUUCAACGAAAAAGUGGACCUGCCAUCUGACGAGCCGCCCCCGCCAUACAGGUCUCUACCUCGCCAUUGUGCCCUCCCGGUCUGUACAGAGGAUCUUCUCCCAUCGCCUACAUCAUUACCGUCUUCCACACGCACACCGACGCACCCACCACCCACACCGACACCCUCCCCAUCCCACCCAUCAACACCAGCGCCCCGCACCCAUCAACAACAGCAAAAAGAAGUCCAAGCCAAAGCCAAAAUCCAUGCCAUCGAGGAUCAAACCCUCUGGGGCGGCACUCCACCCCCUCGCACCAAAAAACACACCGACAAACCGCAUCGUCCGCCCGGCGCGCUCAUCAAGGCGUUGAAGAAGUUGGAUCUUGAUCUUGAGGAUCGACCAGCACCGGCACAGUUGGAACAUGCGUACUACUGCUUUCAUAAUCACACGCAGUGUCCGCGUAACGGGCCGUGCUUGAAUCCGCCGCCGUCGGUGGGGAGUCUUGGGAGGAGGAGGGAGGUGGUGGCGAGGGAGCGGAGGUAG